GCCCUGAGGGGUCGCCGGGCGCCGCGUUAAUGGCGGCCGGCUGAGCUGGGAGCUGGGUGAGAGUUGUAACCUGGGCUGAGUUGAGCGCUGGGACGAUGAGCGGCGUGCCCGGGCUGCAGGAGGACUGCGAGGCGCUGCUCGGUGCCUUCCAGGAAGCCGACACCGUCCGCUUCGAGCGCUUUGCUGAGCUGUGGCGGGAGCGCCGCUUCCACACCAUCUUCCAGUGAGUGAUCGGCCCUGCCCUUAUGGUGGUAGAAUGAGAGCUCUGGAGAGGAACAAGAUCACAAAGAAGACCUUAGAGCUGGCACAGCAGUACUUCUUGCCGCCGUAUGCCUUCCAGAUCCGAGUUGGUGCUCUGUACCUUCUGUACGGGCUCUACAACACGCAGCUCUGCCAGCCAAAAAUACAGAUCAGAAUUGCUCUCAAGGAUUGGCCUGAAGUCCAGAGCUUUCAACAGGAUCUGAUAGAUUCCCAGCAUUAUGAUGCAGCAUACAUCUUUAGGACACUGCGUCGUGCCAGAGCAUUCCAUUUCACAGCAAUGCCAAAGCUGCUAAACUACAGAACUAAGAAGAAGAUCCAGGAAAAUGAAUGUAAAGAAGAAUUUAAAGAUCCAAGUAACAGAGUAAGCAGCCUCAUCACGAAUGAUGUAUUGGAGGAACUGAUGAAUAUUCAUGAGCACUAUCAGAAAAUGAAAUGUGCCAUAUCAGCUGACAAAUCCCAGCCAGACAAGGCCCUGAGCUUGAUAAAAGAUGAAUUUGUAGUUUCUCUUAAAGACAUAGCUUUGGAACAUCAGGAAUGGCAGCAAAAAAGAUUGAAAUUCUUACUAAAAGCUAAAGAAACUGAUGAAAUGCCAAACAGAGUGGAAGAAGAAACUUCGUUAAGAUCAGAAGGUUCUGAAAGAGCAGAUGCUUUGGCUAGAAUCAAACACAAGUCUUAUUCUGCAGUUGUUGAGGCCUCCAAAUCCAGAAGACAUCGUCAAGUAAUAUUAGAAUCUUCUGAAUCAGGAUCGGAUUAUGGGAAAUCCCCAAGACGAAGUAAAAAGAGCAGUAGGAGACCACAGCCAGCAGAGAAAAGAGGUUCUCUGGAAAUCAGAGGUCAGAUACAAGCAGAAAAGGAAACUGUUACUUGCCAUAUUGGGAUGCCUGUAAUCACAGAAGAAGAUAGCUCAGAUACAGAAGAAGUACCUCUCUCCAAGAGGAGAAGACGACGUUAGGAUCCACUUGGAGAACACUAAUGUGAAUUGUAAUGACAAAAUGUGUCAGAUGGAACGCAGAGUGCUUCUUUGGAUUCCUUUGGGUGUACAACAGGAACUGGCUGGGACCAGAGCUACAAGUGACACUGGAAUACUGGUAGUGACUGCUGUACUUUAACCGUCUCAUGGUACAGCACCUGGUGCUUUUAUUCACCUGGCUGAUGAUUCCUGUGAGAGAAGAAGUUGCUAUGCACUGUGUGAGAUGAGAAGAGAGAGAAGAUGGUUCCUUCUUGUAUUUAGUUUGUAUAAUGUGAGUAGUCACUUGGAACUCAUGUUGACUUGCAAUGACUUUUUAGGAGAUGCUCUUGAAAGAACAGCUCACAGAAUACUUGCUUGUAUUUGUACAAUAAAUUAUUUCUCACAGUUUA